GUCAAAACCAAUUGACAAGAACAAGGACAACCAACAAUGUAUCCCGAACCAGUAAACAAGCCUGUGUUGGACCUCUUCAACUUGAAGGGCAAGGUCGUUGCGAUCACCGGCGCUUCCCGAGGGAUCGGUGCCGUUCUGGCACAGGCAAUGGCCGAGGCGAACGCUGAUGUUGCCUCGAUCUACACCUCCGAAAGCUCGAAGAAGUUGUCCGAAGAGUCCGUGGAGGAAUUAAAGAGCAAGUACGGUGUUCGUGCAAAGUCUUACCAGGCGGAUGUCGCGAAGCCGGAGGAAAUUGAAGCUUGCUUAAACAAGAUUGUCGAGGACUUUGGAAAGUUGGAUGUUCUUAUCGCAAACGCCGGCGUCUGCAAACACGUCUCCGCCCUCGAAAACACACCCGAAGACUUCCGCUGGAUCACAGACGUAAACCUCAAUGGCGCCUUCUUCUCGUCCCAAGCUGCCGGAAAAAUCUUCAAGAAACAAGGCUACGGAAACAUCAUCAUCACCGCCUCCAUCUCCGGGACCAUCGUCAACGUCCCACAAUCGCAAGCGGCGUACAAUGCUUCUAAAGCGGGCGUGGUACAGCUGGGAAAGAGCUUGGCGUGGGAGUUUAGAGAUUUUGCAAGGGUUAACUGUGUUAGUCCUGGAUAUAUUGAGACGGAGAUGACGGGGAUGGCGGAUCCGGCGUUCUUAAAGGAAUGGUUGGAUUUGACACCGUGUGGAAGAAUGGGGCAGCCGAGUGAGUUGAAGGGAUUGUAUGUUUAUCUCGCUUCGGAUGCGUCCACUUUUGUCACCGGAGCCGACUACAUCAUUGACGGUGGAUACACUCUUCGUUGAUGGGGUGGGAUGGGAUG